UGGUUGGCCCAAACCUUGGACAGAGAAAGCAGCCUGUCCAGACUGGGAGUUACGAUCCCUGGUUGGAUGGUAGGAAAGACCUCCAUGUUGCGUAGAACAAACUCUCGCCUGGCGUGCCAGUGCUUAUUUGUCUCGGAGAGCUCUCUUAAGGAUUCCACCCAAUGCGCCAGGUGAGGGUUUUGCUGAAGGUAUUCAGAAACAUCCUGUCCACUCCCCUCUGCCAUCACUGCAACAAACCAGAACAAUCAAAAAGGUUACGAGGUGUGAGUUGAUUUUGACACACAAAAUGUCCACCCUGAUGGAUAGCUUGAUGGACGAAGUGAGGCAAGAGUCACCAUGGAACAUGAUGUUUGUGGAUGAUAUUGUGAUAUGUGGUGAAAGUAGAAAGGAGGUUGAGCUGGGUUUGGAGAGAUGGAGGUAUGCAUUGGAACGAAGAGGAAUGAAGGUGUCCCAGGAUCUGCCCUUUCUCCAUCCCAGUGAAACCAGUGUCCUGAACCGGCUGUGUAAGAUGGGCACAGACUAUGUGCGCUUCACAGAGUUCAUAGAGCAGCACACAGGUCAUGUCCACCAACAGGAGCACCACUCGAGCCAGCCAAGCCAAAGUGGAUUACAUGGGAUAUACCUGAGGGCUUUCUGCACUGGCCUACACUCCAUGUUGCAACCUUACAGACAAGCAUUACUAGAUCUUGAACAAGAGUUUCUUGGUGAUCCACAUCUCUCCAUUUCACACGUCAACUACAAGCUGGAACAGUUUCAGUUGCUGUUCCCCUCUGUAAUGGUUGUUGUGGAGACCAUCAAAUCGCAAAAGAUUCAUGGCUGUCAGAUUCUGGAGACUGUUUACAAGCACAGCUGUGGAGGUCUGCCACCUGUUCGGAUGGCCUUGGAAAAGAUUCUUGCAGUGUGCCACGGAGUGAUGUAUAAGCAGCUGGCUGCAUGGAUGCUGCACGGCCUGCUCCUGGACCAGAGUGAGGAGUUCUUCGUGAGGCAGGGCCCCAGCGCAGGAGGAGCCGCAGCAGCACAGGAAGAAGAAGAGGAGGACCUUGGCAUUGGAGGUCUGAGUGGGAAACAACUUAGAGAGCUGCAAGACUUGAGACUGAUCGAAGAGGAGAACAUGCUCGCCCCGUCCCUGCAGCAGUUCUCCCUGCGUGUCGAGAUGCUUCCCUCAUACAUUCCUGUCCGAGUAGCUGAAAAAAUCCUCUUUGUCGGGGAAUCGGUCCAAAUGUUUGAGAACCACAACCAGAGUCCCUCCAGAGCUGGUUCCAUACUGAAACACCAAGAAGAUACGUUUGCUGCAGAGCUCCACAGACUCAAACAGCAGCCUCUUUUCAGCCUGGUGGACUUCGAGAAUGUAAUCGAUGGAAUUCGAAGCACAGUUGCUGAGCAUCUUUGGACUUUGAUGGUGGAAGAAUCUGAUCUUUUGGGUCAACUCAAGAUCAUAAAGGAUUUUUAUUUGUUGGGACGUGGUGAACUGUAUCAGGCCUUCAUUGACCUUGCCCAGCACAUGCUCAAGACUCCACCAUCGGCUGUAACCGAACAUGAUGUGAACGUGGCCUUUCAGCAAGCUGCUCACAAAGUUCUGCUUGAUGAUGACAACCUGUUACCCCUCUUGCAUCUCACUAUUGACUAUCAAGGGAAAGAUACCAAAGAGGCGUCUGGGACUCGAGAAGGCACCACACCUCCUCAGGAUUCCUCUCCUCGAGAGCUACCUUCCACAGGCUGGGCUGCACUGGGACUGGCCUACAAAGUGCAGUGGCCCCUGCACAUUCUCUUCACUCCUGCUGUGUUGGAAAAGUAUAACGUAGUGUUUCGAUACCUGCUCAGUGUGCGCCGGGUGCAGUCAGAACUGCAGCACUGCUGGGCCCUGCAAAUGCAGCGCAAACACUUAAAAUCUAACAAAACCGACGCGGUCAAAUGGAGGCUGCGCAACCACAUGGCUUUCCUUGUAGAUAACCUGCAGUAUUACUUACAGGUGGAUGUCUUGGAAUCGCAGUUUUCGCAGCUUUUGCAGCAGAUCAACUCGACACGAGACUUUGAGAGUAUUCGUCUGGCUCAUGACCAUUUCCUCAGUAAUCUCUUAGCCCAGUCCUUCAUCCUUCUCAAGCCAGUGUUUCAUUGUUUGAAUGAGAUUCUGGACCUCUGUCACAAUUUCUGCUUGCUGGUGAGUCAGAAUCUGGGGCCACUGGACGAGAGAGGAGCUGCUCAACUGGACAUCAUGGUGAAGGGUUUUAGCCGCCAAUCGUUCCUGCUUUUCAAGAUCCUCUCCAGUGUGCGUAACCACCAAAUCAAUUCAGACCUGGCUCAACUGCUGCUGCGUCUCGACUAUAACAAAUACUACACCCAGUCAGGGGGCACGCUGGGAAGUUUUGGGCUCUGAGACAGAACUGGAGGAUGCAGUACUUCACUGUGUAAAUAUGCCCUGAAGUCAUAUUGCGAAAUGUAAUAUGAUUUUACAUUUGUAUUAUGUGUGUGACAUUUCUUAACCUGAAGUUGUGUUAUACUUGUAAAUACUGUCACCUGAAUUAUAAAAAUAAACCCAAGAGAAAAGA